UUCUUUAAUGGGUUUAUAAAACUUCUGGGACAGGUUUUUUAUUUAGCGUCCUUAAAGUCUGUUCUCUUUACACCAUUACGCUCUUUAUUUGUUAUCUCGCUACUGAACGAGUCUGUAAUUGGAACCACAGAGUAACUUCCUCGACGUUUCCAGUCGGAGUCUUUUACCAAGCGGAUCGGUUUCAGGGUUUGAAAAGCGGUGGAGCAAAAACAAACGAGUUGUUUUGUUUUGAUCUCUUAUAAUUUAAAUUAAUAAACUGUCGAUGGUGCAAUGGCUGUCCCAGGUCCAAACAAAGACAACAUCAGAGCAGGCUGCAAAAGAUGUGGAUAUCCUGGUCAUCUGACAUUUGAAUGUCGUAAUUUUGUCCGUGUGGAUCCGAGGAAGGACAUAGUUCUGGACGUGAGCAGCACUAGCAGUGAGGAGAGUGAGGAAGAGGAGCAGGAGGCUGUUAGCAAAGAGAAGGUCUUCGGCAGCCAUUCAAAAGGUUCUCAUGAAGAUUCUAGGAAAGAAAAACACAAAAAGAAAAUCAAAGACAAAUCUCAUCGAAAGGCCAAAAAGAGGUCUUAUUCAUCGAGUGAUGAUGGGGAAGAAGUGAGCAAGAAGAAGAAAAAGCACAAGGGCCACAAAAAGAAAGGGAAAAGGGAGAAAAGAGAGAAAGAAAAGAAACAUAAGAAAAAACAUCAAAAGAAAGACACAGACUCUUCCUCCUCUGACAGCUCUUCUGGAUCCUCAGACACGGACUGAAGCUUUGACAGAAUCACAGCUGGAACAUAACUAUAAAAUAUCUUCUGCCAGACGCAUUUGUACAUAACACCUUUAUACUUUAGAAAUAAAUUGUCUUUUAUACUUGC